AUGCACUCGGAAGGUCCUCUGAAAAAGAAGUAUGACCGAAAAUGCGUGCCAGUCCGCAGAGUAUCAUCCUGGGAGAGAGAGCAAAUCGAGAAGCGACAGAGGCAUCUCAAGAACUUCAAAGGAGUGAAAUGGCAGAAAUUGAACCGUGAGGAUGAGUUGCGAAGAGCAAAGGCUGCGGCAGAUGGUAUAAGAUACGUGAGGUUGUCCUCAGUACGUUCCGCGUCAAUUGCACCGAACAAGGUAUCGCGGGUAGCGGCAAGGAGAACUCGAGGCGUGAGAUUCACUGCCAGAAAGAAGAAUCCCCACAAACCUCGCGGACACUUGACACACCAGCCUACGAAAACCCUCACACAUAACGAAAUAGCCCAUUCCACUUACCGCCCUGCUCCGAAAAGGUACAGGUUUAGACGCGAGCCACCACCGCCAACGCCAAUUACGCUAGAAAACCUCAAAAAGUUCAGGAUGGACGAAAAGAAGAAGAGGAAAGAUGACGAUGACGCGAAAUUCGAGAAGAGAAUCUUCGCGCAGAUUUUCAAAACUAUCGAAAACGACCCAACCAGCAAGGUCCUUCGGAAACAAGUCCGCUGUAUUGAGCAGCUGCGCGAGAAAUCACCACCGCGGCAGACCGAUUCGACCCUCGACCGCGCUGAGAAACAACUUUUCCAGCUCAUCAAGGAUCACGGUUACCCCAGUGAUAUUAAGCUGCAAUCCAGGACGGUUCAACGCCUCCAUGCAGGCCCCACACUGCCAGCUCCAGCCACAGCCGGAGAAGACGCUUCUGAACGAAGCAAGCCGGCCCAACCCGAGCAGAGACGGGAAGCCGCAGGACCCUCUCCGGCUCCCGCUCCGGCCGACAAAGACGCCAGCGAAGGCAGCGAGCCUGCCGAACGCGAGCAUGGCCGAGCUCGGGAAACAGCGGGCCACUCUCCUGCUCCAAUUCCAGCGGAUGAAGACAUCCGCGAACGCUCCAAGCCGAUUAAAGCCGAGCAUGGAGAGCGACUUGAGAUCAGGCGGGAAGAUACAUCACUUAAUGUCGGCACCCGCCACAAGCACUUCCCAAAAGUGGAAGCGUCUGCAUUAUCCCUUGGAGGCCUCUAUGACAUACCUUCACCACCCCGCCAUGCUAGACAGCCCUUUCCAGCGCCAAAACCAGACCAUAUCUUGAAGCAGGAGGACAAGAGGUCCACCACACCACUUGAGGCAACCACUCGCCACGAACCGCCCCCAAAUUCUCAGGCGUCCGCGUCCUCCAUUGGCGACUCCUUGGAUCCACCCUCACCACCCCGCCACGCUACACGGCCCGUCCCAGAACUCAAUCCCGACCCUAUCCAGAAGAAGGGGAGCAAGCUCUCGGUGGAACCAAUUGAACCGGGCACCCGCCACAAGCCACCUCCAAAAUCUCAGGCGCCCGCGUCUUCCGUUGGAGACCCCCUGGGUCCACCCUCACCUGUCCGCCACGCUAGACAGUCUGCUCCCGCCUCCAAUCCCUCCCAAGUCUACCAACAAGAAAACAAGCGGCCCUGGAUACCGCUCGAUGCCAACACGGGCGCCCAGUACCAUGCGGCCGAGAUUUUCCCCAGUGACCGCUUCGACCCUACCCCGCCAUCACACCGCCACAGACAAACUAUCCCUGCACCCAAGCUCCCUCAAGGUCAGCGACAAGAAACCAAGCAACCAGAUGCACCAUUUGACGCCGGCACGCGCCACAGACCGCCCCCGAAAUCAGUCGAGUCCGCGUAUUCCAUCGGCAACCCCGUUGACGCCCCCUCACCCCAGCUCGCUCGACAGCCCAUGCCAGCACUCAAACCUUUCUACCUCCACCGGCAAGAAAACGCGCGGCCAAGCACAGCGCCAGAAGCCAGUGCCCCCGUCCACAAACGCCCCCAAUCCAACGUAUCCACCUCUUUGGUCGGCUCUGCCUUCGAUCUUGCCACCCAACCGCCGCAAAGACCUCAAGUGCCAGCGGGACCCUCACCAUCCCCUCGUCACAGACAACCUGUCCUAGCUUCCAGGCCCUCCAAACUGCAACAACAACAAACCGCACGCCCCAGCAGAGCACCCGAAGCCAGCGCCCGCGUCCGCAAACGCCCUCAAUCAAACGCAUCCACCCCUUCUUCCAUCGGCUCGCGUUUUAAUUCCCCCUCCCAGCCACCGCGCAGAUCCCAAGCACCUUCCCCAUCCUCACGCGCCAGACAGCCUACCCCACUAUCCCGACCCUCCCAACUCAACCCCCAAGAAACUGUGCGCCCAAGAACAGCGCGCGAAUCCAGCGCUCCCACCAAUAAACGCCCCCGAUCCAGCGCUUCAGUCUCCUCACGCACCUCAACCUUCGCUGUCCUCCCCCAACCCUCCCGCGGUAGACAACGCGCCCGCAGUACCACCCCUCCUCCACCAAAACGCCGCCGUCGUCGUCGUGAUGAUGAUAGUGGUGCUACCCCACAAAGUCGAAACCGCUACCCCUCCUCCGACUCGCCCUCCCCCCCACCCCCCCGCGCCCCGGGCAUCCCUCCGCGGCCUCGGUUUAAAGCAAUGACUUCCAUAACGGAUAAAGAAGACAAGGCAUCUCGCGCAAUCAUGCAUCCGGCGUCGAAGCCGUUGGCGAAACUGAACGAUGCUGCGAAGGUGACUACUGAUUUCGAGACGCUGGGGAAGACGCAGAGGGUGCAUCCGAGUUUUGAGAAGGCGAAGGUGAAUGCGAAUAAUAAGCAUGUUAGGCAUAUUAAUCGCACUAAUGGGAGGAGAAGGGAGGUGGUGGAGGAGCCGAGGAGUCUUUGGGAUAGUGUUGGGAUGCCGCCGGGUGGGCCGGGGGUGGGGGUAGCGGGUCAGGGAGGAGGGGCGGGGGCGGGACAGCCGCAGGCGGGUGCAGCUGGCUCGGUGAGAGGGGGGGUGAUGGCGAAUAGUGGGGUGGCAAGGCGGAGAGAGAUGAUUGAGUUGAUUGAUGCGGAGUUUGGGCCGGGUGGUGGGGAGGAGGGGGGUGGUGCGUUGUGAUAUUGUAUUGCUGGGUGCGCGGUGUUUGAUGGGUUAUGUCUUACUAUCUCCCGAGGAAGGGUGACCUGCCUGCGGAAGAAGGCGGAGGAAAAGGUUGCUGCCUCUAUGGCUCUGAGGGAUGGCUGAUUAGUUUGCUGUAUGAAUACCACAUAGAAGGCGCUGAGGCAGCGAGGCCCCGUAGCUGUGGGUGACAGCUGCGGAGGUAUUGGGGAGGUGAGAUAUCGCACAACAGAAGAACUGUUUGUUUUCACCUGGCAUCUUGCAUCUUGCGUCUUGCAUCCGCGCUGAAUUAUUGGGCCGGUGCAUACAUAGAUACGCAGCUUUUAGAUCUCAGCUAUCUCUUCAUCUUACCAUCCAAUCGCACCAUUUGAGAUUUUUGAAUGCAUUCGUGUUUGUUGUGCUUCAAUCUCCAUCGUACCAGAUCAUAUAUCACACCUGAUCUCCCAUCGGAUCGUAUGUGUGCAACCGCUUGUAGCAUUUGGCUGUGCCGUCGUAGAUGUUUCCGUUGCAAGUGAGAGAGCCAGGUUGGACGACGUCCAAAAUAAGAACACGCCCCUUGGCGCAAUGUUCUCUCGGAGGUCACGUGCACCACCAAUCUGAAGUUUAUAGGCCCGUCUAUUUCAGGGUUUGAUGGGAGUAUAGAGUCGAUGGUGUAUUUUAAAUAUAAUACCAUUACACCGACAAGUCCCAAAAUCCGUAUCUAACCCACCAAGCACCAUAUCAGCACUGUGGGGAAGUUAUGAACACUCUUACAGGGAUAA